AUGAUCCACAAGGGCAGUCUCUGAACACGUUGUAAUAGCCUUAUGAAGUUUGAUCUAAUUUACCUUUCUCUCAUGCAAGAAAGAGAAAUUUGAUUGGCCGAAUUUAAAAUAACCUGUUGGCAACCAAAAGUUUAGCAUCUUGCUCUUCUGCUGUGUCAAAAUGAAUGGGGGAUAUAGUGCAAAGAACUUGGGUGUCAAAAGAAUUAUGCAAGAAGCAAAAGAAAUUGCUACAGAAAAUGCAUAUGAAUAUAGUGCUCAUCCAUUAGAAGAUAAUUUAUUCGAGUGGCAUUUUACCAUUAGAGGUCCUGAUGGCACAGAUUUUGAGGGUGGAAGAUAUCAUGGCCGCAUCCUGCUACCUUCUGAAUAUCCAUUUAAACCACCUGAAAUCAUGUUUUUGACUCCAAAUGGAAGAUUUGAGCUUUAUAAAAAGAUCUGUUUGAGCAUAACGGGUUUUCAUCCUGAAUUCUGGCAGCCAGCAUGGGGAAUUCGAACCAUUUUACUUGCUGUCAUUGCAUUCUUUCCAACUGAAGCCAAAGGGGCUAUUGGAGGCUUAGAUUAUACACAAGCAGAACGUAGACAGUUAGCAAGACGGUAAAUAUGCAAUACCUUUAAAAGAAAAGAAAAAGAAUGACCUGUAUAU